CUUACCGAAGUAUCAGAUGCGAAUGGAAUUCAAGCCUCUAGUAGCCUUUUGCACAGGUCAUCGCCACGCAAGACAACAUGCGCCAUCAUGCCACCUUAAUACGAAGGAACAAUUGUCUUCCUUCGAUUGGUCUGGCUAGGGGAGACUAUCAUGCCACUGGUGACCAGUGGUGGACCACCUUGGACCACCAGUCAAAGUGGCAAUCAAAGUGCACGGUCGACGAUAACAGCACGGUCGACCCGUCAAACCCGUCCACAGUAUUCGGGGUAUAAAAAUGAACCUCGCAGAGUCUGUAGAGGUCACCACAAAUCGUUGGCUACAUCUUGUAUUUCUUUCUCAACUCCAGUUAUACUCCACACUAUCUUAGAAAAUAUGUCUACAACAAACGUCAUGACGCGUUCCAAUAGCACUACUUCGAUGAGCAUCACCGACGCUCUGAGACUCUCCCCCACCAACAGACUUACCCCUGCUGAGCGAAAGGCCUUCGGUAAAUCAGACUCCAAGGCUGCCAAGGUCCUCGGUAUUACACUCACGCGCAAUCACGAGAGGCAGGCAAACCAAGAUCGGAGACUUGCUCUACUCCCAUCCCCAGAUCAAGAGAAUGAUCAUCGCGGUAACACCCGAGGAGAAACGAUGGCUCUCGUAGAUGUAAAGCGUCCAUGUAGCCGCAAUGCAAGUGACGUCACAAUCGUUGGACCACUUAAGGACCUUGGCCGUGGGCUUGCAUCAGGUAUGGGGAUGAACUUCGUAAAGAAGCGAAACCAUAAGCGCAGAGUCGCUGAGGAAUAUACGCAACGCGUGGUCCUGGGGCCCUCGCGCUCCAACGAGUCACCCGGCAAGGAAGAAUCGUCGACUGCCGGUAGCGAUGACAGUGUAUACUCGUUCUUGGAGCUAGACAAGACUGAAGACACCGAAACGCCCCCAAUUGCAGGCGAGUUUCUGGCCCUGGAGGGAAAUGAUGAAGAAGGGGAAGAUGAUCUAUUCGGCAAUUUCCCAACAUCUGGCUUUGUUUGGGACGUUGAUAAUCCGUUCGCGACACCUCCUACUACCGCUCUUCAGCGAUAUUUCGAAGAAAUGCGGCUCAGUGAAGCCACUGGACCAUUGGAUCCCUCGCCAGUCGCACCUAUAACUAAUCUCGAGGCAUCAUCCGAAGAAGAAGGUCCUGAACUCUUCUCUGACGACUCGUUCGACGACAUCCUUCGACCGGCGGAACGGGCCUACCUCGAUUUUUUGAUUACCCAAGACGAAGCCGAAGAGCAGCCGAUGGAGAUGAGAAGGGAAAGAAGGGCAGCAUUGCGGUCCAGGAACAAGAUACUGGAUGUGUUGGGUGCCGAGGCGCAACAAGCUGUCGAUGGGCGAUGCUAAACUGUUAUUACAGCUGUUUGCAAAACUAAUGUCAAUCACAAAAAUUUCGCCACUUCCUUGACCAAAAAGGAAAUCGAU